UCACUGUAACACCGCUACAGCACCAAUACAUUACAGUAAGCCUCUUCUCUUUAAAAAGAUUUAUAUUCUUGUUCCUCUUUGAGUUUAUAACAAAGAGACAUUUCAUAACCAAAACUACUCUCAGUCAUUUGAGAUAUUGAAAGCUUCAUAUGGCGAAUUCAACCAAACCAAAUUCAGCUUCAACCAAAAGCAAAUUAGCAAAAACGUUGCUAAAAUUCAUCCACAUAAAAACCGCCACAAAAGCUCUCUCAUUCAAUCUCCUUCGACCCCAAGAGAAACCCAAAUACAAUCCAAAAAACAAAAUUUCUCAGCAUUCCAAUGAAUAUGAUGACAACCACGAAACAGAGCUUCGAAACAGAGUUGCCAUGGAAGCUUUUCUUGCUAAGCUGUUCGCGAGCGUUGCUGCUGUUAAAGCAGCUUACGCGGAGCUACAGACAGCUCAGAAUCCCUACAAUGUCGAAGCAAUUCAGUCAUCGGACGAGGCUUUGGUGCAUGAACUGAAAGCACUUUUGGAGCUGAAACAGAGCUUCUUGAAGAAACAGAUUGAUUCUUCACCGCCUCAAGUGACUCUUCUGCUCGCGGAGAUUCAAGAGCAGCAGAGUUUGAUGAAGAUGUAUGAGAUCACCAUGAGCAAAAUGCGGAGCGAAAUCGAAGCAAAAGAAUCUGAAAUUCUGUCUAUCCAAACAGAGUUGAAUGAGAUCGAUUUGAAUAACAAGUUAUUGGACUCAUCUAGUGAGUCGUUUUCUGUUCUUGAUGGCAUGAAUCCAUCCGAAUCGAAGCUGAGAGAUUUCAUCACUGUUUUGCAUUACACAGUGAAGUCUAUUCGGAGCUUCGUCAGAGUAAUGAUCGGAAAAAUGGAGUCCGUCAAUUGGGAUAUAGAAAUUGCGGCGAGUGCGAUUGAUCCUCGAGUAAUAUUCUCGAAAUCAAAUCAUAUAUGUUUCGCGUUUGAAUCAUUCGUGUCCUCUGAAAUGUUAGAGGGUUUUGAUCGACCAAGCUUUUCGUCUUCAUCUCUCGGCGAUCAACGAUCUUAUCUCUUCGUCGACCGAUUCAACACAGUGAAAUCGGCGAACCCAAUUCAUUUUCUCAAACAGAAUCCAAACUCAAGUUUUGGGAAGUUCACAAGGACGAAGUAUCUUCGAUUGAUUCAUCCGAAAAUGGAAGCGUCGUUCUACGGGGAUUUGAAUCAGAGAGAGCUGAUUGAGUCGGGGGAGUUUCCGGAAACUGGGUUCUUCGCGGAAUUCGCCGAAAUGGCGAAGCGAAUUUGGCUUCUGCAUUGUUUGGCUUUCUCGUUUGAUGGAGAAGUGAACGUGUUUGGAGUUGGAAAGGGUUGUAGGUUCUCAGAGGUGUACAUGCAAAGCGUGAACGACGACGUGUUCGAUGACGCAGCCGACGGUGGUGGUUUUGAAGUGGCAAUGACGGUUGUUCCGGGGUUUAAGAUCGGAAAAACGGUGAUACAGAGUCAGGUGUAUUUAUCUCCGGUCAAAUCAUGACGUUUUAUGAUUGUAUAAUUUGUAUGUAUGUAUGUAUGUAUAUAUAUUGUGAUUUGUGAAAUAGUGAUCUCUCUCGGAAAAGAAUCGGUUAAAGCGAGGAGGACCCGAGUGCACAUUUCCAUUCGGGGCUCACAAGGCAAAGCCGACUCAGUUGAAAGAUUGGAAGCGCGUGUGGCGGCGCGUGAGCGUAUACGCUUGGUGUUGAGUGCUACUCCGUAUCUGUUUAAUUUUUGCGGUCAUUUCUGACUCAAUCUGGAAGCGCAUGUCAGCAGUUAGCAGGAAAAUAGUUGACAUUUGGACCCACACAUCCGUGAAUUUGGUUUCUAAAGGAUAUGAACUAGAUUUUUGAGUAUAGUCAUAACUAGACUAGAGCGAGAGAGAGGUGGCCAAGGCAAGUAGGGACUCAGGUGUUUGUUUUUGGGGGUAAGGGUGGAAAGAAAAAUUUGUACCCAUUUUUCAGAAAAUUUGAAUAGCAUGUGUCUUCCUGCAAAAUUUGAUCCUCUUUUGUGCAAAUU